CAAAAAUAAAUGUAGGUCACACAGUAGGCAUUAUUCACCUUCUUCAUGGAAAUCUAUGAAUAUGCGCAUUCAAAAAUUCGCAAUUCACUUCCUGGUCACUACGCAGGUGAUUCGUCUGUUCAAGCAGUGGGUUUGUGCGAUUAUUUCUGUUAUGGCUAGCGGAAGUCAAUCCCUGAUAGUGGCCGCCUUCGACUUUGGAACCACGUACAGCGGAUAUGCGUUCUCCUUCAAAGACUCUCCAGACAACGUCAUAACUAACAAGAGUUGGACUGCCGGGUCUGGUAAACUAAUAUCACAUAAAACACCAACAAGUGUUCUUCUUAAUGAGGAUGGUGAGUUCGACUCUUUUGGAUUCGACGCCGAGGAUAAGUAUUCAUCUUUGGCAGAGGACGGAAAACACCAUGGUUGGAGACUGUUUAGAAGAUUUAAGAUGGUUCUACAGAAUCAGCGAAUUUCGCGUUCAGCAACCGUUGAAGAUUUGGAAGGUAAAACUUUCCUAGCCAAACCGAUAUUUACGAUGUCGCUCAAGUAUCUACAGAAACACCUGUUGGAUGCUUUGAGUAUGAGUAAAAUUGGGACGAGAGAAACUGACCUCAAAUACGUAAUUACUGUACCAGCCAUCUGGGGCAUAGCUGCCAAACAGUUCAUGAGAGAAGCAGCGAUUGAGGCUGGUAUCGAGAGCGAUCGUCUAAAGUUGGCCCUGGAGCCUGAGGCAGCCGCGGUCUGUUAUGAGGCCCUCGGUCACACGUUAGCUGGAAAAACGUUCAUGGUCGUCGACAUUGGAGGUGGAACUGCUGACAUAUCUGUCUACGAAAAACAAAGUGAUGAUUCACUGAAGAAUAUUCACGCCCCUAGCGGCGGUCCAUGGGGCGGAAUAUAUGUCGAUGCAAACUUCAUAGCGUUUAUGACAGAAGUAUUUGGGACAAUGGCCAUUAAUGCCUUGCAAAGUGAAGACAUGUACGAUUACUUUGAUAUGAUUCGUGACUUUGAGGUAAAGAAGAGGAAAUUUGAGUUUGAUUCUAAGACCGAUAUCACAUUUCGCAUCCCAGUGGUACUCAAGGAAAUUUCAGAGAAUCAGUGUCAUCAGUCUUUAUCCGACCGACUAGAAUCUUUGAAAUACGGUAAACGAGUUUUCACGAGAGGAAGAGAUAAGCUUGCUGUCGACUCGUCAAUCAUGCAAAGUUGGUUCACAGAUCCGGUUUCCAAGACGGUGAACCACAUAAGCAGUAUUCUUAAAGAAGAACGAAUGAAAGAUGUUGGUCUUAUCGUCGUAGUUGGAGGGUUUGCGGAGAGUCCAUACGUACAGCAGAGGAUUAAGGAAGAACUACCCGGGAAACAGCUGCUCAUUCCUGGGGAGGCUGGUCUGGCCGUACUGAAGGGAGCCGUGAUGUUUGGGCACAAACCUGACAUCAUUUCAUCCAGGGUUAUGGAUUACACGUAUGGGGUACGUGGAUGGAAACAAUAUGACGAGGAAAUACAUCCUGCCGAAAGGAAAGUAUACAAACACGGAAAAUGGAGAGUCAAUAACAUUUUCAAGGUAUUUGUUAGAGCGAAUGAAGAGGUGCAAGUUGAUUCCAAGCUGACACAUGAAGCCAAUCCUCACUCCACACAAAGCUGUAUUGCCAUAUACAGGACGAAAGACAGGGAUCCAGCCUUCACAACAGAUUUUGGAUGUGAGCAACUUGGUGAACUUGUAAUUUACCGAGACAAAACUAUUCCAUUGGAGGAACAACAAAAUAAGACAACGUUUAUGUUCGGAGACACCGAAUUGCAUGUGAUGUGUGAGAACGUUAAGACUGGGAAAGUGGAAACACUAACACUUGAUUUGAGUCAUUAACACUAUCUUUACGGAUAAGCUCAUUUGUAGAAUUCAUUUGGAGAAUUGUUGUUAUUUAAGUUUGGACUGUACUGACUGUUGAUGUAAAUGGCUGACAAAGAGAACGAUCCAUUUGUAAGUUUCUGAAUUUUACUAUGUGUAUUUUUCGAUUAUGUACAUUUGUUACGUUAGAAGCAUUUGCUUUUAACAGAUAGAAAAAGACACAAGAAAACCACAUGUCAAUUGACUAAUCAUGUAUCUCGUUUUCUCAGGAUCAAAGAAGGCAAAGCAAUCACCGGCACCAUGGGAACACACUACUUUUAAAAUUCUAAACAUCACACUUUUCACCACCGUAAAAGUAUGCAUAUAUUGAUAAAUAAUAAUAAAAUUAACUGUGCGUUAUACAAAUAACACGAUAUACAAUCGUAAAUUGUGCAAAAUUCGUGCUUCCACAGUUGAGUAAAAGGGGCUUUAUAAUGUGUUUAUAAUGUGUUGUGUUUUUUUGAAAUUUAUUAUUUUACUACAUGUGAUUGUAUAUAUAUGUUAAUUGUUAAUAUUUUAAAUGGUAGUUUGUUUUAUAUGCCUUGUUUGGUUAUUUUCAUGCUCAUUUAUAGUUUUUUAGAGGUAGCAUUUUUAUUUUAACUCUUCGGUUUGUUUUAUAUCCUUUACAAAACUGUUGUAUUUGCUAUGUUUUUCGUACAUAUCUUGUUCCAACUUCCAGUUUGAAUGAGUUAGUGACUUAGUUAAUAUUUUAUGUCCUUAUAUACUAUUUUAUACUAAUAUUUGCUCCAAAAUAUGUUAACAAAUCUCGUUAUUCUAUUGCAAAGAAAGCCGUAAGUUGAGUCAUUUAUACAGUAAAACUAGUGUAUCGUUGACAUAUACAGUUUUAUUUUCGAAGCUAGACUGAUAAUGACAACCAUUUUAACAAUGCCUUAAUCCAUACUAAGAACAUAUCUUUCCCGAUGACAAUUUACAUAAUAAAACAAGUGCACUGUUACUCAACGAUGUUUUAUGAUAACUCUAAUUAGAAAAAGGAGAAUAUUUUUCGGCAAUGUUCUAUUUUCAACCUAAUUGACACCUUGAAUAUUUGCAUUGAGAAGUCAUAUACUUUAAAUAAUAGAAUAUUGGUAUUUAUCUCGUCUUCAGUACAUUUGUAUUACACAGCACGAAUGUAAUUAUCAAUUUGUCAAAUGACGCUCAUAGGAAUGAAGGUUAUAAACAAUGCCUGUAUCAGUAAUAACACAUUAUCAAAUAAUGUAACGGAAAUGUGUAGGAGAGUAAGAUAUUUUAAAACAUGUAGUAUAUUUUAGAGAAUGAUAUCACAGAUUAACUAUUCUAAUAAAAUGUGAAGAGAUA